AUGGCUUCGAAUCCAAGCUCGAUGUGGAGUGACAUAGUGAAGAAAGAUCCUCCCCCAAAGCCUUCACCUAGCGACGGAGCUCCGGAAGCAAUUCCUGCGAUGGUCGGAAACUGCAAAUCCACAAAAGGAAUAUCUACGGCGGUUGUUGAUGCCAGCGCCUUCAUUAAAGGAGACCAGACCUUAACCAAAUUCGCCGAUACAUUCGUAACCGUCCCUGUAGUCUACUCCGAGAUUAGUGACCAUGUUUCUCGCAGUCGUCUCGCCUUAAUUCCAUUGAAGACCAGAGAACCUUCUUCUAAAUCUUUCAGUAAAGUUACUAAAUUUGCACUAGCAACUGGUGAUUUGUCAACUCUGUCUCGUGAGGAUAUUAAGCUGAUUGCCUUGACAUACGAGCUCGAGGUUGAGGUUAAUGGGACCAAAAACAUCAGAGAUGUUCCUCCACCGAUUAAAACUGUUAGGGUAAAGAGAUUACCUGAGAAGAAAUUACCUGGUUGGGGCUCCAAUGACGCUAACUCUAAGGAGUGGGAGGCACUAGAAGAAGAGACCGACGAAAAAUCCAACUCCAACUCCAAAAUCCUUCCGUUGAAAGACCUUGACAUGAAUAUCAUCCCUUCAGACAAGUGUUUUGAGGGUUCUUCUGUUGUGUCUGAGAGGAAUCAUGAGGGUAAGAUGGUAGUGGAGGGAGUAGACGCAUCGCAGGGGCAAUUUGAUGAUGAUGAUUCUGGUGACUGGACUCCGGCAGUUAGUAGUAGCACUCGCAGAAAGUUUCUUAGAAGAAAGGCGAGGCGGGAACAUUGCAAUGCCUUGACAGAACAAGAACUUAAGCAAGAUCAAGAAGCUGAUGACAAAGAUGGAAACUUGAUAGUGAAUGGAAGCUGUGCAAGUGAGGAUGAGGUCGCCAGUGAUACCUGUACGGCACCAUCGGUUGCAGAUGAUGGUAGCAGUGAGCAGAGUUUGUCGUUGGUAGCCUUGUCUGAGUCCAGUGUAGCUUGUAUGACCGGUGACUAUGCAAUGCAGAAUGUUAUUCUUCUAAUGGGUUUGCGUUUGCUUGCACCCGAAGGAAAGCAAAUUCGCCAACUUAAAAGGUAUAUCUUGCGAUGCCAUGGUUGCUACACAAUAGCAACUCCUAGAAUUUUAAAAUGCGAUGGUCCUGACAUUCGAAAAAUGUUCUGUCCCAAGUGCGGGAAUCUUGGCACACUACGCAAGGUAGAGGUUACAGUAGACGAGAAUGGCACCACCGUAGCUGCGCCUAAAUGGCGUAAUACAUUUAGAGGGGACAAAUUUUCGCUACCAACGCCUAAAGGAGGAAGAGACGCAAUCAACAAGAAUCCGGUUCUACGUGAAGAUCAACUCCCUCAAAGGUUUCUGCAUCCCAAGACCAAGAAGAAAGCAAGCAAACCGGGAGAUGAGUUUUUUGAAGCAGAGGAUGUGUUCAUGAACCAUCAUAGUGAUAGAAAGGCUUCAUCUGUGAGAGAAGCUAUGGCGGUUUUCAGUCAGAAAAGGAACCCUAAUGACAACCACUACUCUCGUUCUAGACACUGA